AUGUACUUCAAGGUCAUAGUUUGUCUGUGCGCAACCAGCCUUGUCUCCGCUGGACAGCUUCUACAUGCAGCCUUGCCCAUCAGAUACCACCCAGCGUCUGCCAUCUCUUCAUCAUCAUUCUUCUCACACACCGCCCACGAUUUCGUCACUACAAACGCGGCUGCUCUCACCUACCGAAGCUACGCUGGAAUUCCCCUGCUCAGCAAGAAUUUCCAUACUUCCUUUUAUGAUACUUACAGUACAACUCCAAUUGUGCUUUCUUAUCCUUCUAUUUACACUCAUUCAACUCCUUUUGUGUACCCUAAGAGCUACUACACCAGUCCUGCAAUUUUGUCCUAUACAGCUUCCAAUUACGUCAAGUCUAAAUUUAACCCAACUUCUGUGUCGCACUCCUCGGUCUACACUCGCUCCACUACCCUACCUUACGCUAUAACCGCUCCUAUUAUUGCAAAAGCUUAUGUCAUUCCUACGAUAGCUCACUCUCACUCAAUAUAUACCAAUUCUGUCUCUCCCGCUAUAUCCUACACCUCGUUAUUUAGACACUCCAUUCCACUGACGUAUGCUGCGGCCGCUCCUACUAUGUCAAAAACUUACACUAUUCCUUCAUAUGUAAGAAAAACUGUUCCUUCUGCAGUGUCGUACUCUUCUGACUCAACAAAUGCACCUUCUAUUGACUGUGAGGCUAGUCAUGAUGUGGUUAAGUCUCAUGAACAACCAAUUGUUACCAAAUUUUCAACAGCACCUGGAUUUAAGUCAGUGAGGUACACUAGCGUAGCGGACAAAUAA